AUGCUCUCAACAAGAACCUCCACCAAGCUCUGCGCCCCUCGGCAAGCGGCCCAGCUAGCACGAGCUGUUGCCCUGUCCAGCACCAGCACCAGCCAUAUCGCCUUCCUCGGCCACCCAGCAUCCCUGCGAACGACGACUCUCUACCACCCGUCCUCCCAGCGCAACUUUUCGAGCACCCCAGCCUCCCGCCUCCGUGACUUCUUCCCAGCCAAGGAGACGGAACAGAUCCGCAAGACGGCCCCGGCAUGGCCACACGAGGGUUACUCCGAGGCCGACAUGCUCGCCGUCGUGCCAGGCCACCGCGCCCCUGAGACCUGGGGCGACUGGGCUGCGUGGAAGUUUGUGCGCGUCGCCAGGUGGACGAUGGACCGCGCAACGGGACUGAAGCCUGAGCAGCAGGUCGACAAGAAGAAUCCCACCACCGCCGUGGUGGCCAACGAGCCCUUGACAGAGGCACAGUGGCUCGUACGCUUCAUUUUCCUGGAGAGCAUAGCGGGAGGUACGGAACCCCUUCCCCGUAUUGGCAUGGCAUGGAACGACCAUCAGCUAACAUCCAACCAAACAGUUCCAGGCAUGGUCGCUGGCAUGCUCCGCCAUCUCGGCAGCCUUCGUCGCAUGAAGCGUGACAACGGCUGGAUCGAGACGCUGCUCGAGGAGUCUUACAAUGAGCGCAUGCACCUGCUGACCUUUAUGAAGAUGUCGGAGCCGGGCUGGUUCAUGAAGGUCAUGCUCAUCGGUGCCCAGGGCGUCUUCUUCAACGGCAUGUUCCUGUCGUAUCUCGUCUCGCCCAAGAUCACGCAUCGCUUCGUCGGCUACCUCGAGGAGGAGGCCGUACACACGUAUUCGCGCUGCAUCCGCGAGAUCGAGGAAGGUCAACUGCCCAAGUGGUCGGAUCCCAACUUUAACAUUCCCGACCUGGCAGUGCAGUAUUGGAACAUUCCAGAGGGGAAGAGGACGAUGCGUGAUCUGAUUCUAUACAUCAGAGCUGAUGGUCAGUACUUUCUUGGGGCAGCGGUCUUCGCGAAUUUCUUGCUGACAAUAUUGGCAGAGGCUGUUCACCGCGGCGUCAACCACACGUUGAGUAACCUCAACCAGAACGAGGACCCGAAUCCCUUCACCAGCGAGUACAAAGACGGUCACAAGCCGGCAGCAGCCCUCAAGCCGGCUGGGUACGAGAGGGCUGAGGUCAUCUAG